UCCGUCUAUCCAUCCAUCUAUCCAUCCAUCCAUCCUUCUAUCCAUCCAUCCACCCAUCCAUCUAUUCAUUCGUAUAUUCAUUCAUUCACCUCCUUAUUGUAUUCUUAAUUUUCAUUCUCAUUUCCCAUGCACCUAGAUUAACAGCCUCUCAAAUAUAUCCUUGUAGGAAGUGUUAUCAUGCCCUUGUAUUCUCUCUUAGCUCCUAACCAGGAUUUUUUCUAUUUUAUCAUAACACAGCAAGUUAGUUAUUAUAGGAGUAGCAGGUUAUGGACAUGGACACCAUAACUAGACCCAUACUAGAAAGGUUCAACAGAGAAGAAUGGCCUAUUAUCUUCUGGUUUUACGUCAAAAGUCUUGGUCUCUUUCAUUCUGGUGCUUUGGUACAACCCAUACGAUGCUGCAAAUGUCGUAACUCUCGAACGCACACCAACUACCACACCUUCAACGAUGACAACGAGGUUUGUAAGAUUUGUGAUAGUUUUAGAUGGAACUACCUCGGUAUAUCAACCGAGCUACGUGACCGUGACAUCGGCUCGUCUUGUUUUAACCACUGUGGCAGCGGGGUCUUCUCGUGGCUGUGGUUAAUCACUAUCACAGUAGCAACAAUAACAAACAUAUCGAUAAUAUCUCACCGCUACCUCAACACCGAGGUAGAUAUUGUCCACACAUUAUCGUGGAUUGGCUCCAAUCUGUUACUAUUUAUAGCACCUAUGACGUGUUUAGUGUCUGUUCUACAUCGUAUCUGGCCUAAUACUCUUCCUGGCCAAUGGGCGGGAGCUGUGGAUGUCGAGUUUCUGAUUGGCCGAUUGAGACUCAUUAACAUGAGAAAGAAGCAAUACGCAGGGUACGUAGCAUUUGUCAUUGGCGUGGCGUUCGUGAUCAUAGAAUGCAUUCGACUGUCGUGUCCCUUCUUCGAUAAAGAACUAGUUACAAACAUAGCUGUCAAUCACACUUAUGUCGGCGUCCACUCUACCUUUAUCCUCGACAUAUUCCUUACUAUCCAAGGGUACAUUAAUUUCUGUGGACUCUGCUAUGUCGUAUAUCUCCUCCGAUGCAGUUACGAAUCCGAAGUACGACUAGUCACGAAGUUUCUCCGAGACAAUAUCGAUGAUGUCGACCUCUGUCGCGCACGUCUCGCUGAAUCUUUCGACGCUUUUCACAUCUUCCGAGAAUUCUCUUCCGGUUGGAUAGCGAUGAAUUUGAUCAUCUGUACCAUAUGCAUUCUUCUCGACCUUCAUGUCUGGAUAACAACUACUGUCCCUCUAGCUCCGUUCCAAUACGAACACACAUUUGUUCUUGUCAUUUUUCUUCUAUUUCCCAUGAUGGCUAUUGGUAACGUGGACUGUGAUUAUAUCUGGAAUCGGUUGCUAAGGAGAGUUAGUCGAGAGAGGACAACUAAAGACGAGGAGUCAUGGAACAGAGUGAUGCAGUUUCUUCAGGAGCAGAAGGCUGGUCAGCGGCCUUGGCAGGCAGUGUUGGCAUUCAUACUAUCGACCAUCGCUAUUUUCGCUGCCAUUCAGUUCCGCCUUUGGAGUAAUCAUCAAGGAAUCGUUAAUAUCGUCAUCCAAAAGAAUGGGACGCUUUUUAGGCUUGGCCACACGUUGCAAAACAUAGAUUGAGCAACAAAGCAACAUUAACAAACUUAAUUAUACAGCUUCUCAUUAAUCCCAUAUAGGUUACUGUCCAAUUAUUUUCUUAAUUGGACAGGUCUUGUUGAUAUGGGAUUAAUUAGGCAGCUAUAUAAUUAAUAGGUAAUGGGAUUUCAUG